GUCGGUAAGUUGUUGGCAUCGACCGAUGAAAGUUUGCAGCUCAUCCACCGAAAAGUUCCGGAAAGUAAACAGCCUAUGAUGCAAACAAAUCGUACCCAUUAAAAUCCCACGAUUGGCAUGCUGGGGGUGAAUUUGGUAAACAAAUAAACAGUAUCUAGAAGGUUUACUACGAAUAGUACAUCUUUCGCAAUAGUUUGUGUUCCGGCAGGGCACUCCUUCCCGGAGCGCCCGAGUGUUUUGUACCAUUUUUCUCCCGGGUGGAGGAUAGUUGAGCAUUUUGUCUGUGCGCUGCUGUAACAUGGUCGUUCAUCGAGCAGCAUGGCUGUUGCUAUGCCACCGAAGUCAGCUGCAUCUAGCGCCAAUGAGAAAUUUUUCACUCGGCUGCUCAAAGAUGCACGCGUGGCUGGAUGGCGUUCCUGCUGGGCAAAAGUUGCACACGACAGGCAUGAGCUAUGGCCAAAGAAAUUUCUCCGUGUCACGCAUCGUCGAUCGCAAUCAGUCGAAAACAACUGACGAUAUACCGGAAAAGGCUGAAGGUGAGCGUGUGAAAACGGUUACACCAACGGAGCAGCAAUCAACCCUAGAAAUCGAUACGAAGCAUGGCAAGUUACUGGUCAAAACAACGAUGGCCGAUUCAAAAUUGCAGGAAAUUGUCAUCGAAAAACCAAAAAUUGAGUCAACAGACAAUGCCACGACAGCCGCGGGAGCAUCGUUGCUAGCUGGAUCAAACAAAACUGAGCUUUCCUCGGGUCUACCCUCGACACUACCGGUGUCACUUACCGAAGCGGAGCUGAAGGAACAGUUGGCGGAAAAAAAUCGUCAGCUAGCUAAGAAACGUAUUCGGGUCGAUUUUUCCCGUUCUUCGCUCGAACGAAACUUCAUCACUCCGGUGCGGGCCUUGUCCGACUUCCUGCUGAAGCCAUCCGACCUGGAAACGUUACCAAAAACAAAACGGAGAUCUCCGUACGAGCAGGAACCGCCAAUCACGGUUUACUGGCGGAAGGAUGUCGAGGCUAAGGCGAUAGAAGUGUGGGGUUCUCGGGAGAAUCUGUUGAAGGAAUGCCUGAAGCGGGAAAUCGAGAAAAAGAUGCACCAGCAAAAUAUUUUUACCGUAAAACGUCGACUACGGGACUACCGUCGGGAGAUUGGAAGCCGCACCAAUGUCGUCGAUUCCGAGCCGGGACUGUUUGGAAAGUCGGGCAAAGUGGUCCUGACGGCCAUUGCAAUUAACGCAACGAAUUGUUUGUUCAAAUUUGGCGCCUGGCUGUACACCGGCUCACACAGUAUGUUUGCGGAAACGAUCCACUCGCUGGCGGACACGAUCAAUCAGCUCAUACUAGCGUACGGCAUCCACAAGUCCACCCAAAUUGCCGACUCAAACCAUCCGUACGGGUACGCCAAUAUGAAGUACGUUUCGUCGCUCAUUUCUGGAGUCGGAAUCUUCUGUGUCGGAACAGGCUUAUCGUUCUACCACGGCAUCAUGGGACUGGUUGAUCCGCAUCCGAUCGAUGAUUUCUUCUGGGCGUUCUUUAUCCUCGGCGGCUCACUGGUGUCGGAGGGUGCUACCCUUUUGGUAGCGAUCAACAGUUGCCGGAGCGGUGCGAAGGCCCUCGGCAUGAGCUUUAGGGAUUACGUCGUACGUGGGCAGGAUCCAUGUGUGAACGUUGUACUUACGGAAGAUGCCGCUGCGGUCAUGAGUGUGGUGCUGGCCGCGAGCUGCAUGGGUCUUUCGACCUACACAGGGUCGCCCAUACCGGAUGCGGUGGGAUCACUGCUUGUCGGCUGUAUGCUAGGCGGGGUCGCAUCCUUCAUCAUCUAUACGAACGUGGCAGCCCUGGUCGGCCGCUCGAUUCGGCAGGAGAAUCUCGACAAAAUUAAUGCCGAGCUGGAGAGCGACAUUAUGAUCCGGGCGAUCCAUGACGUGAAAGGAAUCGACAUGGGAAACUCGUUGGUUAGAUAUAAGGCGGAAAUGGAUUUCGAUGGGCGUGAGUUGACGCGAGUGUAUUUGGAUAAGCAGGACUUGAACACGCUUCUAGAGGAGGUUCGUACGUUCCAGACGAUCGACGAACUAGAAGCGUUUCUACUGAAACAUGGCGAAAACAUUGUCGAUCUUAUGGGUGGUGAAAUCGAUCGGAUCGAAAUGAAGCUAAGGAAGAAGUUUCCCGAAAUAAGACACUGUGAUUUGGAAAUAUUGUAAGCUAUAAAAAAGUCGUUUGCUUCCACAAUGCAUACUUGUGAUCACGGCACAUUCGCGGCCGUGGCACCAUAAAGUCGUCAUACGGUAAGGUUAACUGAAAACUGUCCAAGAGCACACGCUGCUCAUAGGUGUGUAGGUUGAGGUACAACUUUAUGGAAAAACCACGAUAAUGAAAUAGAUAAAGUUUUUAACGACGUUCAAUUUCGUCGUUCGUUUUUAGACAAUAUUGUGCUACAUUUCUAGAGUGAAUAAAUGCAAAGCAAGAUAAACCGA